AGUAUUGGGAAUUGCGGUGCUACCACGGCUUCCCCCCUUUUCUUUUAUAUAUAUAUAUACGUAUCUCUUUCUUUCCUACAUUUUUUUGCUAUUUUUCAUUUUCACAUUCUCCCACACUCAAAAUUAUUCUUCCAUCCACAACCCCCUCAACCAAAAAAAAAAAAAAAAAAAAGAAAAAGAAAAAAAGAAAAGAAAAGAAAAGAAAACCCUUCUAUUAUUAUGGCCUCUGUUGUUCCUUAUCCCCUACUGUUUUCCCCUUUCCUAUCAUGUUCUCCUUCUCCCUGAAAUCCCCCCAAACACACUGCCUGAUUGAUUCCUCAAACCCUCAUUCCCCAUUUACCAUUUUCACUUACAUGGUUUCCUUUUGAUUCUUUUUUCUCUUCUUCUUUCCACUUUCUUCCCUUCUUUCUCUUUAGUUCACAUGAAGAGGGAGCUUGAAGAUGAUAGAUCUACUACACCUGGGGAUUCCCGGAGGAUCGUGAAAGGAGAUUGUUCUUCAAUGUCGUCUGGAAAACUCAAGAUGUGGCACCUCCAGGAGGAGGAGGCCGGGGAGGAUGCCAAAGACGGCGCCGCCGGUGGAAUGGAUGAGCUACUUGCUGUUUUGGGUUACAAAGUUCGUUCCUCAGAUAUGGCGGAUGUCGCUUUGAAGUUGGAGCAGCUUGAGAUGGUCAUGGGAACUGCUCAUGAACAUGGGAUUUCUCAUCUUGCUUCCGAUACUGUUCAUUAUAAUCCUUCUGAUCUCUCUUCUUGGGUUCAAAAUAUGCUCUCUGAAUUCAAUAAUUCCACUAACCAUUUUAAUCCUCCCCCUCAAUCUUCUCCCUAUUCCAAUUGUCACCACCCCAUUCAAUCUACGAAAUCUUGUUUCUACGACGAUGAUUCUGAGUACGAUCUUAGUGCCAUUCCUGGCGUUGCGGUUUUACCUCCUAAAGAUGAAACCCAAACUAAUUCUCGUAAGCGAUUGAAGAUUGAAACACAGAGUAGUUCGGUUAAUUUGCUACCGUCGCCGUCCUCCUCUUCGCCGCCGUUCGCUUCUACGCCCGGGAUUGCCUCUGAAUCUUCGCGGCCGGUGAUGGUUGUGGAAGAGGAGUCACAAGAGACCGGGAUUCAACUUGUUCACGCUCUAAUGGCUUGCGCUGAAGCUGUACAGCAAGAGAAUAUGAAGCUCGCCGAUGCGUUGGUUAAGCACAUCGGAUUUCUUGCAACGUCUCAAGCUGGCGCUAUGAGGAAAGUCGCCACGUAUUUCGCUCAAGCCCUAGCUCGUCGGAUUUACAGAAUCUAUUCUCCUCAAGAUGGACUAUACUCCUCCUACUCCGAUCCUCUUCAGAUGCACUUUUACGAAACCUGUCCGUAUCUGAAAUUCGCGCAUUUCACUGCCAAUCAAGCCAUUCUUGAAGCGUUCGCGACGGCGGCGAGAGUUCAUGUCAUCGAUUUCAGUCUUAAUCAAGGUAUGCAAUGGCCUGCGCUUAUGCAGGCACUCGCGUUGCGGCCUGGAGGUCCACCGGCGUUUCGAUUGACUGGAAUCGGCCCGCCGCAGCCGGAAAAUGCAGCGGGUUCGUUGCAGCAAGUCGGUUGGAAGUUAGCGCAGAUGGCAGAGGCCAUUGGUGUUGAUUUCGAGUUCAAUCACAUCGUGUGUAGUAAUCUAGCGGAUCUGGAUUCGGCAGCUCUUGAGAUUCGACCGGCGGCAGUGGAGGCGGUAGCGGUGAACUCGGUGUUCGAUCUGCACCGGUUGUUGGCUCGGCCUGGAGCGAUCGAGAAGGUUUUGGGAUCGAUAAAGACGACGAAGCCGAAGAUAGUAACGAUUGUGGAACAAGAAGCGAAUCACAACGGGCCGGUUUUCCUGGACCGGUUUACUGAGGCGUUGCAUUAUUACUCGAAUCUGUUUGACUCGUUGGAAGGGUCUUCGAGCGGGUUCGAACCGGGAAGUGAGGACGUGUUGUUGUCGGAGGUUUAUUUAGGGAAGCAGAUAUGCAACGUGGUGGCUUGUGAAGGAACGAACCGAGUGGAGAGGCAUGAAUCACUGACUCAGUGGCGAACUCGGAUGGAAUCGGCGGGGUUUGACCCGGUCCAUCUCGGUUCAAACGCGUUUAAACAAGCAAGUAUGCUUUUGGCCCUCUUUGCGGGAGGAGAAGGGUACAGGGUGGAAGAGAAUAAUGGGUGUUUAAUGCUUGGCUGGCACACUCGACCGUUGAUCGCCACGUCAGCAUGGCAACUCGCUCCUGAUGAGUCGAAGUGAGUGGACUCUGUGAGCGAGUAUGUGUGUGUGUGUGUGUGUGACUGCUUGUGAGUUUGUGGACCUCCUCCUUUUUUUCCCUUAAAUAUCUCUUCUUUCUUUUUUUUUUUUUCUGCCUUUGUAUUCAAAGGGUGGAUUAAUGACGAUAUGCAUUUUCUUUCUUUC